UAAAUUUGUAAAUGUGUAUCGACUCGAAACAGGACGAAAAUGAGUUAUCUAUGCCGAUCUAACUGUGUGAGCAAAGAAACCAAAAUUUUUUUAAUCCGUUUCUCUUUAUUCUUGGGUUUUCUCUACGGCGGUGCUUUCCUGUUCAUGAUGAUAGAAGAAGAAGCGACGAAAGAACAGAUCGAGAAAAAUAAAGCUGAAUUGGAAAUUUUAAAGAACAUAACGAUGGAUAAAUACAAUAUGACUGAUGAUGAAUUUGGAAUACUCGUCAACAAAUUGAAGACAACAGCGUAUGCAAAUUUGCCGGAAUGGAGCUUUGAAAAUGCUACCAGUUUUACACUGCAGCUUUUGACUACAAUUGGUUAUGGAAACAUCACGCCAAGGACCGCUGCGGGACAGAUUAUUACGAUUGUAUAUGCCAUUUUUGGUAUACCUCUGACGAUUCUCACUCUUAAGUCCAUUGGCGAGGGAUACAACAGCAUGGUCAAGUGGCUUAUAACAAAGUUCGAAAACUGCCUCUGUAGAAAGCAAAAUGAGAGUAAAAACCUUGAACUGAAGGUUCUAUUGGGUAACAUCUUCGUGCUAACAUCCAUUGUGUUCUCUGCAGCAGCAGCAUCACAAGCCACUAACGGCUGGAGCAUUAGGCAGGGUGUGUAUGUAUGGUUCAUCACUCUGACUACCGUGGGCUUCGGAGAUUUUGUUCCAGAAGUGAUGAUGAAAAUUCAACCUUCUGAAUGGAUUAUCCCUGGGUUGUGUUUCAUGGCUGGGGUUGUCGAUUCCAUGGUUGAAUAUUUUACCAAGGCUGAUUUCGAGCUUAACCGUAACAACAGUAAAUGCUUUUGCUGCAACAAUUCCCUUCAGUCUGCACAGGUGGAAUAUGAUGGUACUAGGAAGCACUCGUGCAAUGAUCUGGGACUCGAAGAGGCUCAUCAGCAAAAUGGGAUGCAAGAUCCACCGGAGAUACAAAAUUUUAUGAAUUCUUUACUGGGAAAGGUGUUACUGAGGUUGUCAAUAUACUAUGGUUAUACAUUAGCCGUUGCUUGGGUCUUCACCUAUAUCGAGCACCAGGAUGAAUCAGUCCAUGACAGAAAGGAUAGGAUGUUGAAGGAUCUAAGAACAGACAUGCAGAAUAAAUACAACAUGACAGAAUAUGAGUUCAUGAAUUUUUCAAGGAGAGCCAAAGAAGUCUUUUCGGUUGGGGAUGAAAUAGACUGGACUUUUCCUAUCAGCUUUAUGUUCGUGGCAACAACUCUAUCGACAGUAGGAUAUGGAAAUAUAACACCUAAAACACGUCUUGGGCAACUGAUAACCAUCAUAGUUUGUAUUCUUGGUAUUCCUUUGUGCAUGCUGACCUUUAAAACUACGGGAGAACUUGUUGCGUCUUGUCUUCGGUUCCUUGUUAUCAAAGCUGAAAAAGUUAUCCUAAAGAGAGAGGAAUCAAAACAUAUUAAGAAAAAAACGUUUCUUGCGACGUGUGUUUUGAUGUUAACACUUCUCGCAUUUGCGGCCACGUUAUCUACCUUCCAAGAACAAUGGUGUUUCACAGAGGGUUUAUACGCCUGGUUUAUUACUUUCACAACAAUUGGUUUCGGGGACUAUGUACCAUUUCAGAAAAAGGUUCACCAAGAAAAAUAUUGGGAAAACAGCUUCAUUGUUGACACUAUCAUCGUUGGUUUACCUUUAAUAUUUGGACUGAGCAUCAUGUCCUGUCUCUCAAACUGUGUCGUCGACUCUCUGGGUGAAAUACGAAGUUUUCGUAAUCGCUGUUGGGAGUUCUGCUCAAGGAUAGUUUGCGGUCGAUGUGUAAGCUAUGUUGUUACACCAGAACAGCGCAAUCGAGAUGCUGGAUCAGUUUUUGAAAAUCAGUCAAUUAGACUUUAGUUAAAAUUCUGACUAUGGUUUUAACAAUUGAAACGUACUUGGUGAAAGAUUGUUCAGGC